AAUACUAUUUGAAGCAUUUCGAUCCAAAAGACCCUCACAAAUCGCCUGAAAACAUGCCCUCGUUAUGAUUCGUCCAUUAACGGUCACCUCUCUCUCUCUCUCUCUCUCCUAUUGUAACUGUAAGAGACAGCUCAUGAUGAAAUCAAGCCUCAUUUCCUCAAUGUUCUGAUGCGAAUUCACGAGCUGAAACUCUCUGAGACGUAAUAUUGAUUCAAGCACCUUCGAGGCUAGUCGCUCGGACCCAGAGCUAGAUCGUUCAAGUUGAACAAACCUUUCUGAUCUGAAGCUUGGGUGGGAGUUUCGAGGAUGCUGACGUGUAUAGCGUGCUCGAAGCAGCUGAACAGCAAUGGAUCUCUGCCGCAACAGGACGAGGACGACGCCGUUGGGACCCCGAGGACCAAGCAAGCCGUUAAAACUCUCACUGCUCAGAUCAAGGACAUAGCACUGAAGGCUUCAGGAGCUUACAAGAAUUGCAAGCCCUGUUCAGGAUCAUCGAAUGAUAACAAGGACCGGAACUAUGCUGAGUCUGAUGCUGGCUCAGUCUCAGCGAGGUUCCAUUGUGCAUAUCGCAGAACAGGGAGCUCAAACUCCACGCCAAGAAUGUGGGGAAAAGAAAUGGAGGCAAGGCUCAAAGGGCUUUCAAGCGGAGAAGGUACGCCUGCUUCAGUUAGUGGGCGUACUGAGUCGAUUGUGUUCAUGGAAGAAGAUGAACCUAAGGAAUGGGUGGCGCAAGUGGAACCGGGUGUGCUCAUCACUUUUGUUUCAUUGCCUCAGGGAGGGAAUGAUCUUAAGAGGAUUCGAUUCAGCCGUGAAAUGUUUAAUAAAUGGCAAGCUCAAAGGUGGUGGGCAGAGAACUAUGAGAAGGUCCUGGAAUUAUACAAUGUUCAGAGGUUCAAUCAACAGGCAGUCCCACUUCCAACCCCACCUAGAUCUGAAGAUGAGAGCUCAAGGAUUGAAUCAGCCAGGGACAGCCCUGUGACUCCUCCUUUGAGUAAAGAACGUCUACCCCGCCACUUCCAACAACCGGUGGGAAUGGGCUACUCUUCAUCAGAUUCACUCGACCACCACCCCAUGCAAUCCCGUCAUUACUAUGACACAGCUGUUCUAUCUUCAACACCUAAACUUUCCAGCAUCAGUGGAGCGAAGACAGAGACAUCAUCUGUAGAUGGUUCUGUUAGGACUAGUUCAUCUAGGGAGGCUGAUCGCUCUGGAGAGCUUUCUGUGAGCAAUGCCAGUGAUGCGGAAUCCGAAUGGGUUGAACAGGAUGAACCAGGAGUCUACAUCACAAUCAGAGCUCUGCCAGGUGGUGCUCGGGAGCUUAGACGUGUCCGGUUCAGCCGAGAAAAGUUUGGAGAAAUGCACGCGAGAUUGUGGUGGGAAGAGAACCGGGCUAGGAUACAAGAACAGUACUUGUGACAUGGCAAGUCUUUGAGCCUUUUUAACAAAUAGAGUUUCUAGUCAUCAACAAAUCUUUUUCUAUGGUAACUUUGUCCCAGAUACCUCUUUUGGUUAGAUGAUAUGUAUUUGUCAAUUGUGAUCUUUCUCUUUGUUUCUGUUCUUGGGUGGAUGAUGGGAAAUGUUUAAUUACGACAAUAAAAUUUAAUC